CUCCCUCUCGCCCACCCCGAAUCCGUCCGCCAUGAACUCGCUCCAAUCCUUCCUCGCCGUCGCGCCCGUCAAGCCGGCCGCGGCCGCCGCGAGGCUCCCGUCGUCCCGGCGGGCGCGCGUCUCCGCCUGCCUCGCGACCCCGGCGCCCGCGCCGACCGCCCCCGCGGCGGCGCGGCGGGAGCUGUCCGCGGCGAGCCGGGCCGUCAUGGCGGACGAGGCCAAGUACAUCGUGGGCACCUACAAACGCGCCCAGGUCGUCUUCGUGGCGGGGCGCGGCUGCAAGCUCUACGACAUCGAUGGGCGUGAGUACCUUGACAUGGCCGCCGGCAUCGCCGUCAACGCCCUCGGCCACGGCGACCCCGACGUGGACGCCGCCGCCGCGGACCAGCGCGGACGCCUGGUCCACGCCAGCAACGUCGGCUACACCGUGCCCCAGGUGGAGCUCGCCAAGCGGCUCGUGGAAGCCUCCUUUGCUGACCGCGCCUUCUUUGCCAACUCCGGCACUGAGGCCAAUGAGGCGGCCAUCAAAUUCGCCAGGAAGUACCAGAGGGUCGCGCACCCCAACGGUGAUGCGCCUACGGAGUUCAUGUCCUUCACCAACUGCUUCCAUGGCCGGACCAUUGGCUCGCUCGCGCUGACUAGCAAGGUGCAGUACAGGGAGCCCUUUGAACCUGUCAUGCCCGGCUCAACAUUUGUCGAGUAUGGCAAUUUGGAGGAGGCCAAGAAGGUGAUACAGUCGGGGAAGAUUGCUGCUGUGUUUGUCGAGCCCGUGCAGGGUGAGGGUGGGAUUCACAGUGCCACCAAGGAGUUCUUGCAGGGACUGCGGGAUGCUUGUGAUGAGGCAGGGGCUCUCUUGGUCUUUGACGAGGUGCAAUGUGGUCUGGGGCGCACAGGUUACCUCUGGGCCCAUGAGGUUUAUGGUGUAUUACCUGACAUAAUGACCUUGGCGAAGCCACUGGCCAACGGCCUUCCCAUUGGUGUGGCCUUGGUCACCGAAAAGGUUGCGGCAGCCAUACACUACGGUGACCAUGGUACCACAUUCGGCGGAGGCCCUUUUGUGUGCCAUGCUGCAUUAGCCACAUUGGACAAGAUCCAGAAACCUGGCUUUCUAGCAGAGGUGACCAAGAAAGGAGAAUACUUCAAGCAGCUGCUCAAAACUAAGCUGGGUGGAAACCCUCAUGUCAAAGAGAUCCGGGGGGCCGGUCUCAUCGUUGGCAUUGAGCUCGACGUACCGGCUGGGCCUUUGGUCGAUGCGUGCUUGGAUGCUGGUGUCUUUCUGCUGACGGCCGGGAAAGGCAAUGUGGUGAGGCUUGUGCCUGCGCUCAUCGUGUCGGAGAAGGAGCUGGAGCAAGCUGCAGAGGUGAUAAGGGAAUGUCUACCUGCUCUUGAAGCCUCUACCUCUUAGUGUAAACAAGAUCUCUUAAGAUCUACAUGUUGAAGUUUCUUUCGAAAUUUGGAAGGGAAUAAAAUGUCAUGUUGGACUAUUGUGAUGUUGAAGUUCUUUUCAAAGUUUGGAAGGAAACAAUGCCUGUGUUGUUGUC